GCCGGUCCUAGGUCUAGCGCUGCUGGUUCUGGUGGCGGUGGCGGUGGUGGACAGUGGGACACCUACAAAGAACGUCCUGCAUAUGAACGUAAUUCAUACAACAACUCGUCCGGUGGCGGCGGUGGCGGAGGCGGAGGAAGUACAGCCGCCCGUGGUGCUGGUGAUGGACAGUGGCGAGACGGAAAACAUAUCGCUGGACCUGCUAAUUCACGUCUAGAGCGUGAGCUUUUUGGUGUUGCUGACGACCCAACCAAGCAGCAAACUGGUAUCAAUUUUGAGAAGUAUGACGAUAUCCCAGUUGAAGCUUCAGGGACAAACGUUCCAGAACCAGUUCUCAAAUUCAACAACCCUCCACUUGAUGAUCAUUUGUUAAGAAACAUCGAGCUAGCUCACUACAAAGUGCCGACCCCAGUCCAAAAAUAUUCUAUCCCUAUUGUUAUGGGUGGUCGCGAUCUAAUGGCUUGUGCCCAAACCGGUUCUGGAAAGACAGGUGGUUUCCUGUUCCCUAUUUUAUCGCAGGCAUUCAUAAAUGGCCCAUCACCUAGAAAAGCUUAUCCAACUUCUUUGAUUCUUGCACCAACUCGCGAGCUCGUGUCUCAGAUUUACGAAGAAUCACGAAAAUUUGCAUAUCGAUCAUGGGUUAGACCCUGUGUUGUUUACGGAGGGGCUGAUAUCGGAUCUCAGCUUCGCCAGAUUGAACGGGGCUGUGACCUACUAGUUGCUACGCCUGGUCGUCUUGGUGACCUAAUUGACCGCGGUCGUAUUUCAUUGCACAACAUUAAAUACCUUGUAUUAGAUGAAGCUGACCGUAUGUUGGACAUGGGAUUCGAGCCACAGAUAAGACGAAUCGUUGAGCAGGAGGAUAUGCCAGGUGUUCUAGACCGACAAACUCUCAUGUUUUCCGCAACAUUUCCCCGCGACAUUCAAAUGCUCGCUCGAGACUUUUUGAACGACUAUGUAUUCUUGUCAGUUGGACGGGUAGGAUCUACUUCCGAGAACAUCACACAGAAAGUUGAGUAUGUCGAAGACAUGGAUAAGCGAUCUGUUCUUCUUGACAUUCUACACACCCAUGGUGCCGGUCUUUCAUUAAUUUUUGUUGAAACUAAACGAAUGGCAGAUUCUCUAUCGGAUUUCUUAAUUGGUCAAAGCUUUCCAGCUACUUCAAUUCAUGGUGAUCGUACUCAAAGAGAACGUGAAAGAGCAUUGGAAAUGUUUCGCAAUGGACGAUGCCCAAUCUUAGUCGCUACAGCAGUCGCAGCCCGUGGUCUUGAUAUUCCAAAUGUUACACAUGUCGUAAACUACGAUUUACCCACUGAUAUUGAUGAUUACGUACACCGAAUCGGUCGUACUGGUCGUGCAGGAAAUACUGGUAUAUCGACUGCAUUCUUCAACCGUGGGAAUAGAGGUGUCGUUCGUGACUUGAUCGACCUAUUGAAAGAAGCCAACCAGGAAGUACCUUCUUUCCUUGAAAAUAUUGCUCGCGAAGGCUCCGGCUUUGGAGGCGAAUACGGCGGAGGUGGUGGCGGUGGCGGUGGAGGUAGUGGUGGAGGAUACGGGGGUAGCGGAGGUGGAAACUUCAAUGGCCCACCUGCUGCAUUUGGAUCCGGGCCUUCAUACGGAGGUGGUUCCAGUGGAGGUGGCUAUGGUGGUGGCGGUGGCUACGGCAAUCCAUCUGCAGGAGGUGGCGGUGGCCAAUCAUGGUGGUAA